CCAGUGCGGCUCCCCGGGUACAAAUAGCCCUGGGCUCCCAGGCUGCUCAGUCCAGCUCCUCAGCGCUCACGGUUUGCUCAGCUGAUCGCUCAGCCAGGAACCAUGAAGCUGGCGCUGUCUCUGCUGCUGGUCACUCUGGCCCUUUGCUGCUCUGACGCAAAUGCAAAAGUGUGCCCAGCCCUUGGAAAAGAAGUGAUAAGCUUCCUAUUGGAUUCUAAAGCGGGCUUCAAUAACACGAUUCAACAAUUCGAUGCCCCUGAAGCUGCUAAACAGGCCAAGCUGGAAGUGAAGGAAUGUGUAGACAACCUCUCCAUGAAGGACCGAUUAGCAGUGGCCCACUUUGUGGCGAUAGUAAAUUUCGAGUGUAACAAGCAGCUUUCAUAAACCCCACCUACGAGGACCCCUGCUUUCAAGGAUGCCCUGACCUUCCCUGGAAAAUGUAGAGGUUUCAACGUCUUGCUUCAAUAAAUCACUUGCCCUGCA